AUGAAACUUACUGGACGAACAAUAUUCAAAACGUUAUCGAUGUGCGAAAAACCGAAGCAGCUCGAUACAUCUUCCGCUUGGGAAUUUUGUCCAUUAUCAUGCUACCGUUUAUUACUUAUUAUUAGUGGCUUGUUAACCUACUCAUUAAUCUAUUUAAUUUACGCUCAGCAUCAUGCUCUACUACUUUAUUUUAUGACUGGGUUUAUUUUAAUUUUAUUUAAAAAUAUAAUUUUAAGGAAGGCGAGCUUAGAAAAAAAUUUCAAUAAUGGCAGCUUCAAUAAUGAAACAUCGAAAUAA